AUGGAUGGCGCCAACGGCAGCACCCCAGACCACUUCAUCCUCCUGGGCUUUUCUCACAGCCCCCAGCUGGAGAGGACGCUCUUUGUGGUCAUCUUGAUAGCCUACCUCCUGACCAUUGUGGGCAACGCCACCAUCGUGCUGGUGUCGCGGCUGGACCCCCACCUGCACACCCCCAUGUACUUCUUCCUCACCCACCUCUCCUUCCUGGACCUCAGCUUCACCACCAGCUCCAUCCCUCAGCUGCUCUACAAUCUCAGCGGACCGGACAAGACCAUCAGCUACGCGGGCUGCGCCGUCCAGCUCUUCCUGUUCCUGGGGCUCGGGGGCGUGGAGUGCUUGCUGCUGGCCGUCAUGGCGUACGACAGGUUUGCCGCUGUCUGCAGGCCGCUGCGCUACUCGGUGAUCAUGGGUCCCGGGCUCUGCCGGGGCUUGGUGUCGGUGGCCUGGGGGUGCGGCAUGGCCAACUCCUUGGUCAUGUCCCCCGUGACCCUCCGCUUGCCCCGCUGCGGACACAGCCAGGUGGACCACUUCCUGUGUGAGAUGCCGGCUCUCAUCCGCAUGGCCUGUGUCAGCACGGCCGCCGUGGAGGGCGCCGUCUUCGUGCUGGCCGUGGGCAUCGUGCUGUCCCCGCUGCUGUUCAUCCUGGUCUCCUACGGCUACAUCGCCGGGGCCGUGCUGCGCAUCCGCUCUUCGUCGGGAAGGCAGAAGGCCCUGAACACGUGCGGCUCCCACCUCACGGUGGUCUCGCUCUUCUACGGAAACAUCAUCUACAUGUACAUGCAGCCGGGGAACAGCGCCUCCCAGGACCAGGGCAGGUUCCUCACCCUCUUCUACAACAUUGUCACCCCGCUUCUCAACCCUCUGAUCUACACGCUCAGAAACAAGGAGGUGAAGGGGGCCCUGAGAAGGCUGCUGCGGGGCCACAGCAAGCCCAGGAAGGAAUGA